AUGACUGCUUUACAAAUACGUGGAUUCUUGAGUAAUCUUUUGUUGAUCUCAUUAGCUCUCCAUUACUCGUUUGAAUUUUGUUUUAAAUUUCUGAUAAGCGCGCCAAACAAAAUGGCGUUUGUAAGUGAAACUAUGCCGUGUACUCGAAGUAUUUUAACAUCUUUAUACAGUAAAUAUAGUGUUUGUUUAUCAAAUCAAGUGGUAAUUGCAAGGAAACAUCAUUGUGCUACUGGAGAUAAUGAUAAACAUCAUGACAUUAUUAUUGCCGGAGGUGGAAUGGUUGGAACAACUUUGGCUGUUGCUUUAGCUAAUAAUAGAACGUUAGAAUCUCAAAAGAUUUUAUUACUGGAAAGUGGAAAUAAAUAUGAAUUUAAACAAACCGAAAAAUAUUCUAAUCGAGUUGUCGCAUUGAAUCAACAAACACGUACAUUACUAUCAAGUAUAGGAGCAUGGAAACACAUAGAAGCUGUUCGUUAUUCUCCAGUUCGAAAAAUGCAGGUAUGGGAUGCCUGUUCAGAUGCCAUGAUAACGUUUAAUGAAGAUCAAUUGUCUGAGGAUAUAGCGUAUAUUGUCGAAAAUGAUUUAUUAUUACAUGCAGUCAAUAAACAACUAGAAGAAAAGCCAUCUGUUCACGUUAUUUAUAAUGCCAAAGUUGAAGGUAUUACUUUGCCAAAAACAAUCGACAAUGAUGUUAAAAUAAAAUUAGAGAAUGGUGAAGAAUUUACAUCGAAAUUACUGAUUGGGGCGGAUGGAGUGAAUUCUCGUGUACGCCAAGCAAUGAAUGUACAAUAUGUCAAGUGGGAUUAUGAUCAAAUGGGAAUCGUUGCAACUGUUGAAUUGUCAGAGCCAACAGAAAAUAUUGUAGCUUGGCAAAGAUUUUUACCAACAGGCCCAGUAGCAUUAUUACCUCUUACAAGCACUUUGAGCUCUCUCGUUUGGUCUAUAACAACAAAAGAAGCUAAACGUCUGUUAAAAGUACCUGAAGAGGAAUUUGUUGACGAAUUAAAUAGGGCGCUGUGGAGAGUAUAUCCAAAGAACAAUCUUGUUGAAAGUGGUAUGAAGGCAUUGCAACAAUUACUUGAACAAUUUUCCCUUCAAACUGGAGUAUCUAGACAACUACAGCCUUCUGUAGCGAAAAUUGUUGAAGGAUCUCGAGCUGCUUUUCCUUUGGGAUUUGGACACUCUACCUCUUAUGUUGCGAAUAGGGUUGCUCUUAUUGGUGAUGCAGCUCACCGUGUUCAUCCAUUAGCUGGCCAAGGUGUCAAUCUUGGAUUCGGUGAUGUUUGUUUAUUAGUUAAAUUACUUGAAGAAACUUUGAGAGAUGGAAGUAUUCUAGGAGAUAUUCAGUACUUGUCCAAAUACGAAACAUUAAGACAAAGACAUAAUGUUCCAACUAUGUUAGCUAUUGAUGCUUUACACAGAUUAAGGCUUAUAAAAUACACAACAGUAGGAGCAGUAGGUGUAGGAACUCUUGUAUCCUGGAGAGCAAAUGACUAUGACAUUGGAUCCAUAGGUAUUGUACGUCUAAGCAGAGCUGCUGUUAAAGUAUUUAUAAUAGGAUCUCAUUACAAAAAAUCACUUUACGAUAGUGGAUUAGAAAAAUCAUCACCAGAAUACGCAAAAGCUAAGUCAGAAUCUCAUUCAUUUGGAGCAGAAAAACUCCUGGAACUGUGCUGUGCUAAUAAAGGGGUUUAUAUAAAAAUAGGCCAACACAUAGGAGCUUUAGAUUAUUUAUUACCAUCAGAAUAUGUUACUAAAAUGCGAGUUUUACAUAGUUCAGCACCUCAAUCUUCCUUCGAAGAUGUUUUAAAAGUACUUAAAGAAGAUUUUAAAAAAGAUCCAUAUGAAAUAUUUGAAUCUAUUGAAAAAGAACCACUUGGUGCUGCUAGUUUAGCUCAAGUACACAAAGCAACGUUAAAAAAUGGUAAAGUUGUUGCCGUUAAAGUGCAACAUCGUGCUGUUAAAUCAAAUUCUUACGUUGAUAUAAAAACAAUGGCAGCAUUAGUUAAAAUAACAUCGUGGGUAUUUCCAGAAUUUAAAUUUGAUUGGCUUGUUGACGAGACUAAAAAAAAUAUACCACGUGAAUUAAAUUUUACAUGGGAAGGUAAAAACGCUGAAAGAUUAAGUAAUUUAUUUUCACAUUAUAAAUGGUUAAAAGUACCUAAAGUUUAUUGGGAUUUAUCAUCAUCUCGUGUAUUAACUAUGGAAUUUGUCAAAGGAGGACAAAUUAAUGAUUUAAAGUAUAUACAUGACAAUAAUAUUAAUCCAUAUGAAAUAAGUGGUAAAUUAGGUCGUUUGUACAGUCAUAUGAUAUUUGUAACGGGUUUUGUUCAUUCAGAUCCACAUCCUGGUAAUAUUCUUGUUAAAAAAAAUGUAAAUAAUGAAGCUGAACUAAUUUUACUUGAUCAUGGUUUAUAUGCAGAAUUGACUGAUGAAUUUAGAUGGUCAUAUUCAAAAUUAUGGCUUGCAAUACUUGAUCGUGAUAAAGAUGCUAUGAGAAAAUACUGCGGUCAACUUGGUGUUGAGGAUAUGUAUGGUUUAUUGGCGUGUAUGGUAUCUGGCAGAACUUGGGAUGCUGUUAUGACUGGUAUUGAAAGAACUAAAUACAGUUCUGAUGAAAAAGUACAAUUUCAAACUGAAAUACCUAAUUUAUUGCCACAAAUAAGUGAAAUAUUAGAAAGAGUUAAUCGACAGAUGUUACUUGUACUUAAAACAAAUGAUUUAAUACGUAGUAUUGAACAUACACUAAAAACUUCAUCAAGAAUGUCUGCUUUUAUAGAAAUGUCCAAGUGCUGUGUUCACUCAGUUUACGACGAAAAAUUGAAACACAGUAAUGGAAAAUGGAAUCGAUGGGGUACAUUAAUUGCCGAACAAUUUGCAUUACUCAGAUUAUCUUUUUAUUAUGCUUAUUUAGGAAUAAUUAAUUUUAAUUUGAUCACUACUGUUGAAAUAAAACGUAAGUAA